AUGGCCGACCCCGCGCACCCCCCUUCCGAGGCUGAGAAGAAGCCCAUCCAUACGAUUAUACUUGAUGCAUCUCCUUUCCUGCUCAACAGCCCCUCCAUCUCCACCCUUCUAGCUAAUGGACACAUCCUCUUGACGACCCCGUCUGUUCUUUCCGAGAUUAGAGGCGAAGAGGCACGAAAUAGAGUGGAGACACUCUACAAGCCGUUCCUUACUGUCCGCACACCGCGAACCGAGAGCAUCGAAGUUGUGAAGGGGUUUGCUAGACGCACAGGCGAUGGAGCUGUGCUAAGUGCGACGGAUUUCGAAGUUCUUGGACUGGCGUAUGAGGUUGAGUGUGAGAGGAAUGGAGGAGAUUGGCGAUUACGAAGCGUUCCAGGGCAGAAGAGAGUCAAUGGGAAGCCGCCGCAGAAGGAGGAAGACACUGGUGAACGACAGAUGGAGGGCACUGCUGUGGAUGAAGAUGCCGGUCAUAAUGAAGUGGAGACACAGGUUGACGGCAUCGUGAAGCAAGCAGAGACGCUUAUUGUGGAUGAUGCACAAGUGACGGAGCAGCAGGCAGGGGAAGUAACUGAGGACACCACAGAUGCAACCGCACCACAGACGGACGAACCCUCAGAAGGACUGACGAUCGAAGCGCCAGAUCAAGCCUCAGACUCAGAUGAAGGCUGGAUAACUCCCUCGAACAUCAAACGUCGACAAGCGCAAGAUGAAUCUGCUUCCAGCAAAUCCUCCCAAGCACCCCCCAAGACUCUCCAGGUUGCGACCCUGACCGGCGAUUUUGCAAUGCAGAACGUCUUGCUUCAGAUGAACCUGAAUCUUCUUUCCUCAAAGACCUGCCAGCGAAUCUCUCAGAUCAAGCAAUUCGUCCUGCGAUGUCACGCGUGUUUCUUUACCACCAAACAAAUGGAUAAACAGUUCUGCCCACGAUGCGGAAAACCCACGCUCACACGAGUGAGUUGCACGACGAAUGACAAGGGUGAGGUUAAGCUCCACCUUAAGAAGAAUAUGCAAUGGAACAACAAAGGGAACAUCUACUCCGUCCCUAAACCCACAAGCGGAACAGCGAACCAGAAAUGGCAAGGGCCUCGGCACGGCGGAGGUGGGAAAGGCGGCUGGGGCAAUGACUUGAUUCUGGCAGAGGACCAGAAGGAGUAUGUUAGGGAUGUAAAGAGCAAGGAGAGAGAGGCCAGGCGAAUAAAAGACUUGAUGGACGAAGACUUUCUGCCGGGGAUCCUUUCCGGUGAAAGGGUGGGAGGAGGAGGAGGUAGGGUGCGAGUUGGAGCAGGACGGGCGGUCAAUUCGAGGAAGCGAUAA